CUCACAAUCGGAUCGAAUCACAUGAUACUAGCGCACCAGCCAUUUUGUAGGAAGAUCUGAUCGGGGCGGCUUGUCUUCUCGUUAUUCUAAAAGAACAUCCAAAAUGUCAGAAAAUCCCAUAUACACGCCGUUUUUUGGUGUCAUGGGCGUAACAGCAGCCAUGGUUUUCAGUGCUUUUGGAGCAGCCUAUGGCACUGCUAAAUCUGGUACAGGCAUUGCAGCCAUGUCAGUCAUGAGGCCAGAGCUGAUCAUGAAGUCCAUCUUGCCAGUGGUCAUGGCUGGUAUCGUGGCUAUCUACGGCCUGGUGGUGGCUUUGCUGAUUGCUCAAGACAUCAGUCCAAAUUAUACCUUAACAGCGAGCUUCGCUCACUUGGGAGCAGGUCUUAGUGUAGGACUUAGUGGAUUGGCUGCUGGCUUUGCUAUCGGCAUAGUCGGUGAUGCAGGUGUAAGAGGAACAGCACAGCAACCUAGGCUAUAUGUUGGUAUGAUCCUGAUCCUUAUUUUUGCUGAAGUGCUGGGUCUAUACGGACUUAUUGUUGCCCUUAUCCUGUACUCCAGAGGCAAUGCUACAUAGAUUGCUGGACCUUUACAAUAGAAUGUGUGAGUGGAGCAAUGACACAAUGAAUGAAUAUUACUGUAACUUUGCUGACUUUGUCUCUUAUGAACCAAUAUAUUUAAAUGUGAAUAAAAUAAAAGGGGGGAAAAGACCUGUUGAAACAGAUUUUGUUUCUACUACCUUGUAUGGUAUCAGAACUUGCUGACUUUUUUGUUCAGGUUGUGGGAGGGUAAGAAAAAAUAUUUACCAAGGUGUCAAAGUUGUUUCUACUUCUGAGAUUCAAUAGUUGCUUCUUUUGGGAUCUCCUCUAAGAUACGAGUUUGACAUCAAGUGGAGGACCAAUGUUAUAAUAUUAUAUAGAUAAUGGGGAUUUUCAAAGAGAAAAAAAAUGAACCAAAACUCAUGACUUUGAUAACUGAAAUACUGACUAGCUUGAUAUGAAUGAGUGUCACCUAUGUCUGGCAAAGCAAUGUUGUGUGUAAUAUAUUUCUUGUAAGUAGCUGUUUUGUAGUUAAUUAGGAGAUACAGCUUGUGAUGAUGGGUCAUCAACUUCAAACAAUUGUGAGAGCUAAUCCACUGACUGGAUGUACAUAUAGAUAAAGGCUAGAAUAAAAGAACAAAAACUGUUUAAA